AUGGACGGGUCCUUUCAACUCCUGGCCUGUUUGGUGUGUGUCAUCCCACCCGGAUCGUUCCUGAGAACGAGGAAGGACACCACAGGGAGUCUGCCCAGCACAGACGUGCUCAGUGCACCUGCUCAGCGCUGGUCCAUGCAGGUGCCAGGCGAGGUGAGGGCAGCGGCGGGUGAUGCAGCCGUGCUGGCCUGCACCUUUACGCACCCGCACCGCCACUACGACGGGCCGCUGACGGCCAUCUGGCGCGCGGGCGAGCCUUAUACGGGCCCUCAAGUGUUCCGUUGCACUGCUGCACGGGGCAGCGAACUCUGCCAGACAGCGCUGAGCCUGCACGGCCGCUUCCGGCUGCUGGGCAACCCGCGCCGCAACGACCUGACUCUACGCGUCGAGCGCCUCGCCCUGGCGGACGACGGCCUCUACUUCUGCCGCGUGGAGCUCUCUGGCGACAUCCACGACCGCUUCGAGAGCCGUCACGGGGUCCGGUUGCGAGUGAGCGCUGCGCCCCGAAUCGUCAACAUCUCGGUGCUACCCAGGCCCACGCAGCACGUCUUCCGUGCCCUUUGCACCGCCGAAGGCGAACCACUUCCCAGCCUCUCCUGGUCCGGCCCAGCCAUGGACAACGGCUCGCUCCCCGCGCUGGGUUACGGCUAUGGCCACGGCCACCAGGUGACCGCCGAGCUGCCUGCGCUGACCCACGACGGCCGCUACACUUGUAUCGCCUCCAACAGCCUGGGCCGCGCCGAGGCCAGCGUCUACUUGUUCCGCUUCCGCGGUACCAGCGGGACCCCAGCCACCGCCCUCCUGCUCGGAGCUCUGGGCCUCAAGGCGCUGCUGCUGCUUGGCGUCCUGGCCGCUCGCGCCGCACGCGAGCGCCAAGGUGGGUGCGCUGCGGCCCAGGGAGCCUGUCCUCGGUGCGGCUGCCCUCAGAACCCUUUCCUCAGCGUACAGCAAGCCUAG